AUGUCCUGCAACAUUUUGGCUGAAGGCACUGCCGCGAUAGCUGUGAUUCCAGAUCUCCCGACUCCCUUUUCUGACCCCAUGUGCCAGGAAUGUGCAGACUUUCCAGAAGAGGUGAUGGACUUUCACUUGUGUGAGCACAACACCUUUUUGGAAUACCUCCCAGCAAAGAAGAAGACAGAGAUCCGGAAGUGUGCAAGUGCCCCAGAGCUUUCAAUGAAAGCUUGCAGCAUUGGUACUUCGACAGUCUUUGCAGCAGAUGCAUCCAACAUUCCACCAGGUUUUGUGCAUGGUUCUUACUGUAAAGAUGCCUCUGACUGGAGCAGUCACGAACGCAGCGUGGAGCGCUUAAGUACUUGCAGUAGCCUUCACUCGAGCCUCGAGCGGGAGCUUAUCUCCGGAAGUGAAGCAGGUGAAGGUGGCGCGACAUGGUCGGUGGGAUCUUCUUUACAUGUGCACGGCCUUUGCAAGCCUUGUGCAUGGUUUUGGCGGCCGGGCAGCUGCUUCAGAGGAAGCGAGUGCCAACAUUGUCAUCUUUGCUCCCCAGGUGCUUUGCAGAACAAGAAGUAUCACAACCGCCAACUGGCCAAGGCUUAUCGUCGUGCCUCUAAGGCUCACUCCAAGGACUUUGCCGUCUUCCCCUGCCUCUCCUGA